AUCAAUGCGGCUAGCGGCUAGUGUAGCGGGUCAAGCUUGGAGCUAGCUGGCGGUUAGCUGGGGUGGUACCGCUCGGCACGCUAAAUCGCAUUUUUGUUGUUUCUGCUGUAGAGUUAAAUUGUUUCGGCGUAGCUGGAAUAUUGCUUAUUCAUGUCUGCGCUGUGAGGGUGCGACGGUGGAGGUUUCGAGGCCGUGUUUUAGUGGUUGAGUUGACUCUGAAGGGGAAGAUGUGCAAUGGAAUGAUAGAGUCAAUACCAAAAGCCUUUUGGGCCCACUCCUCAGCCACUAAACGGUCCUUUGUGUUGCUGCUGUUUCUGACUGUAGUGUCCACCGGGCAAGGGUCAGGAUGUGUGAGGCCAUACAUGGUUCAGAACAGCUGGGUAAACCUCACAGAAACCAACAGGGGCUCAUUCCCUGUGGGCACAGUGUUGCAGUACAGCUGUGACCCUGGUUACCUGCCAGAUGGCCCUAACAUCCUCACCUGCACCACACUGGGACGGUGGUCCUCUGAACCUCCUCGUUGCAUUCGUAGUGGUGCAUGCCUCCCUCUCUCCAAACCUGAGAAUGGGGGCUACACCUGCCACCCAUCCCCUUGUCGACUGUUUGCCCAUGGCGCUGUGAUUGAGUUCUUCUGUAAUGAGGGCUUCAUGCUCAGUGGAGACUAUAACUAUUUGACUUGUCAAGAUGGAGAGUGGGACGGCCCCAUGCAGAUCAAUUGUGUAAGCCAAGGCUGUAUAAGGCCUUCCAUGGUACAGCAUGGCUCAGCUAACCUGACAGACAGCAACAGGAGCUUCUUCCCUGUGGGCACUGCACUACAGUAUAGCUGUGAUCCUGGUUACGUGCCAGCCGGACCCACUAUCCUCACCUGCACCAAACUGGGAGACUGGUCCUCUGAACCUCCUCGGUGCAUACGCAGCGAUGGUAAAGUAUGCCAGCCUCCAUAUCAGCCAGAAAACGGAGGCUACACCUGCCACCCCUCUCCGUGCAGAAGAUUUUCUCAUGGCACUGUGAUUGAGUAUUUCUGUGAUGACGGCUAUAUUCUGAAGGGAGAAUAUAAAUUCAUCACCUGUCAAUAUGGGAAAUGGGACACCUUAAUGCCGGUCAGCUGCCUCAUUGAGCAAGGUUGUAGAAGACCCUCGAUGGUGCAGCAUGGCUAUGCUAAUCUGACAGACACCAACAGGAGCUUCUUCCCAGUUGGUACAGUUCUACAGUACACCUGCAAUCCUGGUUACCUCCUGGAUGGAUCUGUGACUGUCACCUGCACCACACUGGGACACUGGUCCUCUGAGCCUCCUCGCUGCAUACACAGUGAUGUAUGCCAGCCUCCAUAUCAGCCAGAAAACGGAGGCUACACCUGCCACCCCUCCCCAUGCCAAAGACUUUCUCAUGGCACUGUGAUUGAAUAUUUCUGUGAUGAAGGCUAUAUUCUGAAGGGUGACUAUAAAUACCUUACCUGCCAGUAUGGGGAAUGGGACAGCCAAAUGAAGCUAAGCUGUAUCAUGAAGCAAGACCACAAUCCAGUUUUGCCAUUGGGGAUGCCAACUUUAUCCAUAGUGGCAUCCACAGCUAGCUCGGUGGCUUUUAUCUUGCUUCUGGUGGUGCUGUUUGUGCUGCUUCAGCCAAAACUUAAGUCGCUCCAUCGACGUGAUCAGGGGGUAUCAGGACAGCCUGUGUCUAUCAUGGUGGAGGGAGUGCAGGUGACUCUGCCCUCGUAUGAGGAGGCUGUGAGCAGCAGUGGAGCUUCUGCUCUCAGUUCAGAAUCUCGAGUCCAGAUAGUGCUGUCGGAGGGUCAGCAUGCUACAGCGCCAGAGGCUGGCCCCUCUAGGCCUUCUUCCCUCAAACAGCAGCAGUCUGAGAUGGCUGUGGUCCAUCCUGUACCACCCUCCUCAUCGUCUUCAUCUCCCUCUUCCUCUACCUGGGCUUUGGAGCAUGCAGGUGCUGCAGCAGGCACCUCAUCAUCACAAAGAAGGCCGUCUGGAGGCAGCGAUCAACAUAGCCUGUCUCUGGACUCUGAGAUGGACUACUCUGAUGAUAUUCCAUUACUGAAGGAGGCCUGAAACACGCUUCAGCCUUUGGACUUAUCCAAAACAACCAGCUUUGCGACUGACCUGUAAUGAUGACCGGGAGUUUCUCAACACAGCUGUCAACACAGAUCAGCUCAACUACAGAGGCCCUGAGUUAAGCUGUGGGUCACUCAGAAGAGUUCGUCUGACCAUCCCAAAGGAGAGGAGAGAAAGGAUACACGUGUACAUACAUUCUUACAUUUUCAUGUCAAUUCAUGUACUGUGUAUGUAUGUCUAAUAUCUAAAACUCAUUUUAAUAAUGUUGAACAAAACAGAAAGGAGCAGGCACUUCUGAGGGAAUUUGUGUUCAAUUUUGUUGGAGGAAAAUGACGCGCGUUUCAGUUGAUCGGGCAAAGCUGCAAACUCAUCUUUGGAGCUGUUGGUGUCAUUCGUGUCUUGUUUGCUGUUUCUUUUUUUUAACGACUCACCCUACCUUUCAUGAAACACGGUGGCAAAGAUGCAUAAAGGGUAGUCAGAUAAAUUGCUGUCCAUGUAUGCUCACAGCAUCAUCUUCAAAGGUUUUUGUGAUUCUAAAUCAUUAAUCAUAACUCACACUAUUUCACGUUUCAUUGUAUAUUAUAUGCCUCUUUGUCCACCCUGCAUUCAAGAUACUUCAUUUCUCCAAAAAUAUUUUUUCUUUGUAUUCAAACCCCCCCCCCCCAAUGCCUUAGCUUUCCACUUCUAUGCACAGGUAUCUAUAAUUUGUGAAAUUUUAAAAAUGAAUGUCAGUGAGAUGCCGCCACUGCUUAGUGACAUUACACGUGGCUUUGUCAGACACAUGUACACAGGUAAAUAUUUUGUUAUUAAUUUAUUCAGGCUGCUUGGGAAUUCCUGUUUUAGUUCUAAAUGGGAAGUUAAAAUGUGUAUUUAAUUUAUUUGUGCCCAGAACGCUGUUGAUCAGCCAUGGCUUCUUCUUCUGCUUCUUCCUUUUUUUUUUGCCUCUACACCUCAUGGAAGCUUUAAAAAGUAGGUCUUUUCACUUUGCAGCUUCACUUUUAAUUCUACUGCAGGCACGUUAUAUGUGACACUGUAAAUGUGGUUGGGAAGAUCCAACAUGAAAAAAUAAUAAGUGUACAGACUAGUGUAAAUGUUAAGUGUUCACUUUGUUUGACUGUCCAUUGAGUUUACCUUUGAGACUGAUGAAUGGAUUUUUUUUUUUUGUGAAGAAGGUAUUUUAAUAUAUGUAAAAAAAAAAAAAAAGGUUUAAUUUAAGUUUCCUCUGUAUAUAU